AUGGAGGUCAAAGUUCAAUCCCUCAGGAGGAACUCUUGCUGGCAAUGGAGAUCAAAGAAGAUGAUUUUGGGAUAUCUAAUCCUUCUUUUCGGGAUUAUCUCCUAUGCAACUGCAAACUUCUCUUCAGAAUCUGAGGUUGCUCAUAAUUCUGAGUUGAGAGAUCUUACUCAAGUAACAGAGCAAGAGUUAAAGGAUCCUUACACAGCGGAUAAUGGAAAACUGAUGGAUAGGAAUGAAAUUGUUAGAGUGAACAACGAUAUCGCCCAAUCAGCUCAAAAGGAUUAUUGCAUGCACGGAGGAAAAGUCAUGCUUGUGUACAAAGAUAUUUCGUUGUCAAAUUCUGGAACUAGUCAAUACGAUCAGAAGUAUCUCUGCACAUGCCCUUAUAACUAUAUUGGGAUGAGGUGUGAAGAAUGUGUCAAAGGAUAUUAUGGUCCUCACUGUCACCCAUGUCCAAAACAUCCAAUUAAUAACAUCGUGUGUGGAGUUGGAGGAGUAUGCGACGAUGGUGUAGAGGGAAAAGGAAGAUGUUUCUGUAAGAACUCUGAUUACGAUCCAGAGAACUUUUGUGAUACCAAAAUAGAUAAAGAUAACCACCAGAGUGAAGAAAUUAUUGCAUUUGGUUUAUUCUUACUUGUGGUGGUUGGAUUUUUCGUUACAAUCCUGCUUUACAUGUACAAUAAGAUUCACUCUUUAGAAGCUUUCCCUGAAAGCAUUGCCGCUAUUAUUCUUGGUAUCGUUGUUGGAAUGUUCUUUAAAGCACACUAUAAGAAUACUGGACUCCUGAAUAUUCUUGAGUUUGAGCCCCAUACCUUCUUUUUGUUUUUAUUGCCACCAAUCAUGUUCCAAGCUGGGUUCUCAAUGAGAGCUUCGACAUUCUUCAGGAAUAUCUUUGUGAUCAACUCAUUUGCUAUUUUUGCUACAAUUCUGGCUAGUUUCAUCUUCUCCUUUAUCUUCAGUUAUGGAACUAAGUUAUUUUCAAAUGAGUUUUCUUAUCUCGAUUCGCUACAUUUCGGAAGCUUCAUGUCUGCUAUUGAUCCUGUAGCAACUAUUUCCAUUUUUAAAUGUCUGAAUGUAAACGAUAAAAUCUACAUGAUUGUGUUUGGAGAAAGUACUCUUAAUGAUGCAGUAGCCAUUGCUCUUGCCCAAUCAGUACAAAGAAUCAGUGAUAUGGCAGAUCUUGGUCAAGAACUUGCUUUACAAGAUUCUGUGUUAUUCGCUCUUGAAAAAUUUUUGGUAUUUUUCUUUGUUUCGAUCCUUAUCGGAGCAGUUUGGUCGAUCUUGAUAUCUUUGGUUUUCACCUAUCUGGAUUUGAACACUGUACCAUGGAUUGAGAUCGGCUUUUUCAUCCUGACUUCGUAUUUCCCAUACAUUCUGAGUGAAGCUGUAGGAUGCUCAGGAAUCCUGUCAAUCCUGAUUUGAGGAAUCUUUAUGAAGAAUUACGCUUUCUUCUCACUAAGCUAUUUCGGUAUAAUAACAAUAGAGUACCUUACUGAAUGACUGGGGCUUAUGUCAGAAAACUUCAUCUUCGCUUAUCUAGGUAUCUCAGUUCCACUUAUGAUCAAUGAUGUAAAUAUUUACUACGUGUUAGUCGGAUGUGUAGCACUUGUUGUCUCAAGAUUUGUCUCUGUUGUUGUCAUAGCACUGUUUGUCAAUCCAUUCAAAAAAGAAAAGAUUCCGUUCUCUCACCAACUGGUCAUGACAAUGGGAGGAUUAAGAGGUGCAGUUGCUUUCUAUCUAGCUCUUAAUGUUUCUUCAGAAUAUAAGCACUUGAUUAUCACAACUACAAUUUCCAUCAUCCUUUUCACAAUUAUUGGAAUGGGGAGUGCUACACCAAUCUUUUUAAAAUGGUUGGACAAGACUUUCCCAGAAGAUGAAAUCCUGAACAAAGAAAAUGAAGAAGUAGCUCCUCUCAUCUCAAAUGAUGGAAAUGGUAUCGAUCCAAAGAGCUACCAGGUCUCUGACUAUAACGCAAGAAAAUCCUUAGGAGUCUGGUCCCAAGCUGAAAAUAUCCAGAAAGACUAUGUUCAGACCUUCCUAAGAAGAGAGGGAUGGGAAGACAGAAUGAAAAUGAAAGAUACUAAGACUGCAACUGUCUCUAAAGCUCCUCAAGGAAAUCCUGCUGACCCGAAUUAUCAUAUGGAGGUAGAGCAGGAGAAGAGAUUAGUUGAUGACCGUGGUGACCUUUCUCCAAAUAGAACUAGUCAUGCAGUGAAUGAAGAAAUCAAAAAUAGACUAUCAAAUUCAGUGCAGAGAAAGACAGAUGAUAGGAAUAUGAUUGAUCCAGAAAUGAACAGAGGCGUUCCAAGAACUAAUUAUCACAUGGAAGACAACAAGUCUCAGUACGAUAAUAGAGCAAGAAGAAUAAGCGAAAUGGAAAAACCUGUGAUCCAACCUGCUGAUAUUGAGCAGCUUCAUAAGCAACCAAGUUUCGGAGUGAAUAAAGAAUCCUCGAAAGAAAAAGAUGAAUACACCCAAGAAAAGAUGGUACAAAGUAAAGAAAGCAAAGAUCAUUAAAAAUGGAACAUAAUUAUUCCAACUUGUAGACAAAAAACUCAGCUAUUUAG